AUGAAGUUUGGGACGCUCGUCGACUGCGCGGACGACCAAGGCUGUCUCUGGAUGGGCAAGGACGGCGUGCCAGUCUCGGCCGCGCGCAUGCUUUCGGAGGCCAUGCUGCGCUUCCAUCGCGGCAACGACUACACAGAGGCGAAGCGCAACCUACAGGCCCACAUGGACUACAUCCAAGAUGUCUAUACGCACGCCAAUACGCUCAACCACCGCCUGACGAUGACGCUUGGACUCAACCCGCGCCACUUGCUCGAGGAUACAGCGGGCAUGGGCCACCCCAUGGACGCCGUCUUGUCCAACAUGAUGGCGAUGAAGCGCGAUUUGACGUACCGUCGCCUGGAUACGACGCCGUCGUCGUCGCCCACAACACUCAACUGGUGCACGACCAACAACCCAAAGGGCCGCAGCGUUUGUGCGGACGUCAAGAGCCAGCAGCUCUGUGGCUCGUGCUGGGCGUUUGCGGCCACGGAUGUGAUCGAAACCGCCGUAUCGCUCGCGACGGGCAACCAGCCCGUGUCGCUCUCGUCGCAGCAGCUGCUCUCGUGCAGCGUGUCGAAGGAGAUUCGCACGUACCAGUACUGUUUUGCCAACUCGGGCGCGGUCCCGACGUGGUUGCAGUCGGAAAUGAAGUGGGAUUCGCAGAACCAAGGCUGCAACGGCGGCAUGACGCACAUUGCUUUGGACGACGCUGCCAACAAGAUCCUCAACCUCGCGUCGCGCAUCGACUGGCCGUACGUCGACGACUCCACGCCGAGCAACAACCCGAACGCGCCCGUCGGGCCGGUCGCGCCGUCCUCGGGCAAGCGGCGUGCGCUCACCGACGACCAGCGAUUCCUCGCGACCAACGGCACGUCGAAUGCCGUCUCACAGUACAACACAUGCACGGCCACUCGCCCGGCCAACUUUACGGCCGCGCACAUCACGGGCUGGGAGCCCGCGCUCAACGCAUCGUCGUGCGCAGCGACCAAGGACCCAACGACGCUGCUCAAGAGCGCACUCGCGCGUGGGCCGUUGGCGGUCGCUCUGAGUGCGAAAGGCGCGUUCAAGUCCUUUACCGGCGGCGUGUACACGUGCCCGGCGAUCACGUCCUCGGACAUGAUCGACCACGCGCUGCUGCUGGUCGGCUACGGCACGGGCGCAGAUGGCGACUAUUGGAUUUUGAAAAACUCGUACGGCGUCUCGUGGGGCCUCCAGGGCUUCGUGCACGUCAAGACGGACAACAUGCUCAACUGCGGUCUCAACGUGUUUCCGAUUCGCGCGAUCGGCGCGUCCGCGGGCCCCGCGGCCAACAUCACGGUGGACGGCGGCGGUUCGCUGAGCUUUGGCGGCGCGUCCAUGGGCACGUGGAUUGCGAUCGCGUGCGUUGUCUCGGUCAUUACGCUGGUGCUCACGGUCGCCGGCGUCAUCGUCGCACGCAAGCGCAUGCAAAACAUGCACACGUAG